AUGGCGGAAAAUUAUCUUUUUUUAGUCGAUAAUUUUCUGGAUACCUCAUAUGGGCAAACAUUUUCGGUCCUUGACUUUGGAAAGAAGAUUUUAUACAGAGAAGAUAAACCAGAUGAGACAGUUCGUUUAAUUAGAAGAGAACUUCAAGAUGCCUACUCCUUUCAACCACCGACAACAUGGGACAAAAUGCAAGAACACCAGAAUCUUUUACUGGUCGAUUUACUACCAACAUCUAAAGAAUAUCAAGAUUUGAUUGAACGUAUACAAAACAGGUCUCUUCGGGUGCAAUACGAAGUUAAGAAGAAACAGUUAGAAGCACAAAAUCCGAAUGCGAAAAAUGAAAACUUUUUAUGGCAUGGAACUUCGAAUGAAGCUAUUGAUAGUAUAAAUAGUCACGGAUUCAAUAGAAGCUAUUGCGGGAAAAAUGCGACAGUGUAUGGACAGGGUGUGUAUUUUGCAGUGAACGCAAGUUAUUCUUUGCAAGAUAGAUAUUCUACACUUGAUUUUACCGCUGUAAAGAGAGUCUAUUACUGUCGCGUCCUGACCGGUGACUAUACAGAAGGCAAAAGGGACAUGAAAUGGCUUCCACCGAAUAAGAAAUUCUCUAGCGGUUCAGUCUUGUAUAAUAGUGCAGUCGAUGACAUAGACGAUCCUACAUUAUAUGUUGUUUUCAACGACACACAAGCAUACCCAGAGUAUCUCGUGUCAUUCAAAGAGAUGCAGUAGAUUCAGAAAUUUCAGAAUGCAUUCUAUGGACAGUAUACAUAAACACAGUCAAUUUUAUACGUUGUCAUUGGAAUAUUUUUGCGUGUUUAUGCUUUUUAGAAACUUGAUGUACGUUUGUGCUGUGUCCAUUACCCUGACCGACUUCCGAUCCGAAACCAUGCAUUGAUAUUUCAAAAUUACUUAUCAGAAACAUUCACUACAAUAAGUUUUUAUAAUACUAAAAUAAUUUUAACGCACACUACACCAAUCAAUAUCAAAUAGAGUUGCAGCCUUUGUUCUUUUUCUAUCUGUGCUUAUCGUAUACAUUGGGGGAUUUUUUUAAGUACGUUUAAUUACUAUCUAUCUUAUUUUAUCAUACGACCAGAAGAAAGAUCUAGGUCAGAAAUAAUGCAGUCUUUAUAUUGUAAAGCUACCUCAUUUACCCUACUUUUAAUUUUUGAAAGUUUCGUACACAAAUGCAGUGUUUUGGACCUUAUCCUCAAUGUUAAUCCAUUAUCGUUCGUUGUAUCGGUCAAUAUCAAUUUAUCAUACCAAUUUACCAUACCGGUGUGAUUUCUAAUCUUAAUCGAGUAAUCACAUUCUUUUAUAAAAUCAUCCAGCAUGGUUCUACUAAGGUGCCCGUCCGAGCCAGAAAUAAUACCUGGCUGGGUACUUGAGAUCUUGCUAAAAGGCCGUCGUAUGAAUUAAAUUGCGUCGGAGUAACUUUGAAUAUGUUCUUAUCUGAUUUUUUCUUGCUCUUCAUUUGACCUCACACUCCUUUAUAGCUGAAAAAUGUUUAAUGUAAGAUGAAAAUAUGCAGUAGGCAAGAUCAACUGGCACCAGACCAAACAGAAAUCUCUUGAGAGAACAAAUGCCAUGUAGAUAGUUUUAUUCAUAUCAGAUAAGUUGAACAUGGCGCAAUCCUUUCAAGCCUAACAUUAUAUUGAUCGCUUAUUAUUAGCAAAACUCUAACUUGAAGUGGUUUAUAAUAGCAUAAUCCUUACAUCCAUUUGUUUGGAUUCAUCUUCUUUCUCAUCGAUAUUUCAAUUAUUUCAUAUAAAUUCAGUAACAUUAUAGUUGCUAGGAAAGUUCGUACAAAAAGCGGAUUAUGUACAUGUUUGAUGUUGUCUACAAAUUCCACAAUACUGAAAUCAUCGCAGACCAAACGUUACUAGAUCACAUAUAUAUUCAAAUGCAAAAGUUUAUAUGCGUGUUGUAUGUUUUGCAUUCAUAUUACUGUUUUAUUUUUUAUUUCCGUUGAAUGGUUUUAUUCUUAUGGACAAACAUAAUCUUUGUGUUAUCUUAUAUUUUCAUUGUCGAAACCGUUAUAAUUAUAGUUUUGACCUAUUCAUUUAUCAAUUUUAGAAUUGUUGGAUAUGGUGACAGAUUGUUUUUUACAAAUACCUACAUCGUAUUUGACAUUUGCAAAUUAAGACGAUGACGUCAGUGAGCUGCUACUGGGCCCAUGUCACGAAGUCAAUUUAGGACAAAAUCAGAACUUAGGAUUAAGGUGUUUACGAACAACAUUUUAAGUAGAUAGAUUCUUUUUAACUUUGAAUAUGUUCUAAAGUCCAUACGUAGGAGAGAACUUGAGAAAGAAAUCUUAAAUCAAUCAAUACUAAAAAGGAUUUGACAUGUAGUGACAGGUUAACGCAUAAAGUCCUGCGACUUAAUUCCAAUUGGUUCCUUUUAUACUACUGAGGAAAAAUAGGGAAAAAAUGAUCAGUACUAUAUUCAAGGCAAAUAAAACAUUUUCCUAAAUCUUAAAUACUUCAGAUUAUUUAAAAAUACAUGAAUACUUUCAAUACUUAGAUAUGUUUAUGACAUUUCCCUGCUUGUCUUUGAAACAAUUUACAUCUCAAAUCCCUGCAAAAAUCACAUACGUUUUUGGUAAGAAAAAGAAUAUCACAGAUGGGUUUUCAAAUACAUCAACACAUCACAUACAAUUUAUCAUACAAAUCAUAUGACAAGCAAUAUUCUGUCAUAAACAUUUUUGAAAUGCUUCUUAACUUCUUUCUUUAAUCUAGUGUUACCUAUGGACUAUAUUGAUUCAAGUAGUGAAGUUCAUGUUAAAAUGUUAUUAUAGUAAAACGUCGUGGCUGCUGCAGUCAGCAGAAGGAACAAAAACAAUUGAACUUGUGUCUCCUUGUACAAUAUGUGUGAACAUAGGUUUUUCUGACAAAGUUAUCUUUCAUUUAUGAUGGACAUUUGUCAUUAUAAAUCUUGUGAACAUGAUUUAGAAUCAGCUGUUUGACUCUGUCCUCAAUUUUUAACAGCCAAAGUUUAUGAAAAUCUGAACAAGUAAAAGAUGUCCGAGCAGGUACAUUCAGUAUGAAUCUGAAUACUUUGUUCUGAACCUGGAGCUUGGGCCUAAAAGUUUUGCCCAAACUAGUAUACCAGGCAGAACAAGUGUAGUCAAACAAACACUGAACAAGAGAAUUACAAAGUGCGCGAUUUUGCAACAAUACAUUUUAUGUUUAUCAUUGUUUUUAUGCUUUAUUCAUAACAUUCUAUAGUAUUAUCAUUUUUAUGUCUUGUGUAUCUUCUUGAGUCUGAAACUGUUUUUAUAUAAUAUUGUGACUCUUAUAACUAUGUUAAUGGUUAUGUAAACAUAUUGCUUUAUAUGUAUA